AGACGGUCUCCGCCACCCUCACCGGCCCCGUAACAAUCACUGGCAGGUGGGACCAGAAACCUGGAAUUCGUCAACCAGCGCGUUUUGACAUGGCCAUCGCCUUGCGCCAACAACAAGACCGCUUCUUCUUCCUCCGCGGAUUUCUCCUCCUUCCCCUCUCUUCUUCAGCCCGCCUAGCUGCGAUUUGAGCUGCUCAUCUCCUUGCCUUCUGUCUCUCCAGCUACCACUCGCCUUGCCUCGCACAACUUCCCUCUUUUUUUUUUUGUUCAAUUAUUGAAGGCGUUGGUUGGUGCGGCCUCGGGAGCAGGAGGCACAAGUCAAAAGAAAAGCACCCACCCACCCAGCCCAACCCCCUCAAUCCGCCAUUGCUCUUCUUCUUCCCCGGACAUCGCGCCGAAGCCCCGCGACGAGCAAUCAAAGCCAAAGGUGCCGCCUUUAUUGAUUUCUUCCAUCUACGGCCGGGUUGAUUGAUUGGGGAACCCAGCUGAGAUGUGCCCGCUGCGGGUGAUUCUCAUCUUCCUCUCCGCCACCAUCGCCGGGUUCUUCCUCAUCAGGGGGCUCAACGCCGAGCCUGACCAAUUCGACGUCGACGCCGACGCCGACGCCGACAAGGCCUCCGAGUCGGGAUCCCCCAGGGCCCCAGUCCCCCUCCAUUCCAAGGUGGGAUCAGCAGUCAAAACAGGAUUCUGGACAGUGGUGGAUAUGGCAAGCGGGCGGUACCUUUGGCAGACCCUUGUUGCACCGACGGCAAAAUCUGAAUCUGACAAGACCCGGUGAUGAAUGUUCAUAACUUAUUUCUAUUUUGCUGAUUGAGUGCCACAGAGGCGAAGACGACACAAUCUUGUUGUGGUUACAUGUUGUUGGUGGUGUGUGAUAUGGCGGCAAUUGUAACGUGGGGAUUAUACGGUAAAGUAAAUGUGCAAGAUUGUUCAUGUUUUACCCUUGUUUGGGCCGAGUUUUUUACCAUUUUGUCUUUACUGUACAUUUUCAUACUUAAAUUGUGAGACCUGGAGGUUGAAGCAAAUAACAAAAGCGAGUUGCUGGAAUC